ACAGCAGCAACGGCAGCAGCGGCAAAGGCAACAGCAGGAGGAGAUGCAACUGCACCAACUGAUGGGGUGCUGGAAGCAGUCAAGAAAGUGCAGAAGCAGCAGACACAUGGUGAGGCAGAUGAGUUGCAGCAGCCUUCAAGACAGGUGGAGGUUGCAGUGUCAGAGGAGGAGAUGUCUGGGGUGACUGAGGAAGGGGGAGCAGCUGAGGUGGAGCAGCAGCAGCAGCAUGAAUCUCCACCUCGAGUUCCACACCCGCCUGAGCGUCCUAGGAGGGAUGUGCGCCCUCCAGUGAGGCUGACCUAUGGGGGAAGAGGCAAGCCGAAUGUGGUGCAGGCUGGGAGUGUGGUUGAGCAGAUUGAGGAAGAUGAGAUCGCUCACUGCUACUGGGCACCAAUCCCUGAGCCCAAGACUCGAGAAGAGGCCUUGAAUGGACCAAAUGGGGAGAAGUGGAAGGCGAGUGAGGAUGAGGAGUUUGGGUCCCUGAUUGAGAACGAGACAUGGGACCUGUGUGACUUGCCUCCUGGAAAGAAGGCAAUCACUUCCAAGAUGAUCUACAGGCACAAGUAUGGACCUGAAGGGGAGCUGACCCGAUACAAGUCUAGGCUUGUGGCAAGGGGGUUUCAGCAGACAAAAGGGAAGGACUAUGAUGAGGUGUUUGCUCCUGUGGGGAAAGGAACAACACUGAGGGUGCUGUUGGCGAUAGCUGCACUCCUGGGAUGGAAGAUACGGCAGAUGGACAUUGUGACUGCCUUUCUGAAUGGGAUCAUUCUGGAGGAGGUGUAUAUGAAGCAGCCAGAGGGGCUGGAUGAUGGGAGCGGCAGGGUCUGCAGGCUGAAGAAGGCCAUCUAUGGCCUUAAGCAGGCGCCUCGUGCAUGGUAUCACAAGUUGGAGGAGGCGCUGCUGGCUGGGGGUUUCAAGAAGAGUGAGUGUGACCCCAGCCUGUUCCUGCUGCAGGAGAAGGAUGAAAUCCUCAUGCUCUUGGUGUACGUGGAUGAUAUCCUUCUCUUUUCUGCAUCAACUGCUUUGCUGGACAGCGCAGAGCAGAUGCUAGAGAUGCAGUUCAAGUGUUCCAAGAUGGGAGGUGGUGCUGUGAGCUGGCGCAGCAAGAAGCAGAAUGAGGUGGGAUUGUCCUCAUGUGAGACUGAGUACAUGGCCUUACACCAUGGGGCCAAGGAAGUAGUGUGGCUAAGGCGUUUGUUGGAGGAGUUGAGAGUUGGUCAGGAGGAGCCGACAGUUGUGUUCUGUGACAAUGAGUCUGCUGUGAAGCUCGCCAAGAAUGCUUGUUUGCAUGGGCUGACAAAACACAUAAGGCCUAAGUGGCACUGGGUGAGGAGACUCCUUGAUAAGGAGGUGCGGCUGGAGAUAGUGAAGACCCAUCAGCAGGCAGCAGAUAUUUUCACCAAGCGUCUGGCGGAGGCGGAUCAUUGGAAGGGCAUGAAGCUUGCUGGGAUGAGUGUGCAUUGAGUAUGCAUGCUUGAGAUGUUGGUAUGGUGGUUGAUGGUUGGCAGCCAGAGGGGGAGAUUGUUGUGUGAUGUCAUCAUAUGUUAUCACAUUCUGUCUG